UGUUGACAAAUAUUUUGAUAAUUUUCUAUUUAGCUAGUUAAUGUUAUAUUACCUACUUUGGGAUGGAGUUUUGAUAUGGCUUCUUUACAAAAUGCUGACCCGACGUUGAGGAAAUAUAUACUGAAGCAUUCCUUGCCCCAAAUAUUUCAGGCAUUAUUAACAGGUUUAUGUGUGUCGUGUCCUGAAAGUCCAUUACAUUUUCUGGAAAGGAAGAUUGUGUCUAUUCAGGAAAACCGGGACACUGCUGAGAUUGAUUGGCAUACAUGUGUUGAUGAUCCAGAACAAGUCGCCGUGACCUCACUGGCAGGAAGCAUGGUGCAUGACAUCUUUGGGAAACGAGAUGAUACACUGUUUCUCUCCCAUUUAUUUGAGAAGGCCUACUCCUGUUACAGAAUAAGUUUAACAAAUAUGUGCUUCAAGGCGUGGAAAAGGUUCAUCUGGAAUAAGCGGAAGGAGGCCAGGGAGUUGACGCUGAAGAUGGAGACAGCUGAGAGGCACUACAUACAGAGGAGCCUGAGGGUCGCACUCUGCAAGUGGGUGGAGUGGGUACAGGUCUGCAAGAGAAGGCAGAACGAUGCCAUGAAGAAGAUCCAGCGAGUGUGGAAUGCUAUCCACUGUAAGAUUGUCAUAGGUGCUUGGCGCUAUGUGGUGCAGGACUCAAAACGGACAAAGGAGUACUUUGAGAGACUGGAGAAUGGUCUGUUGGAGAUGAGCAGUAAGGACUCUGACGUUGCCAUUGGAGAGGGACAUGACGGACUCUCACUGCUACCUUGCAAGCUCUCAAUAAAGGUCUUCCAGAGACUAGACGUAGGAGACCUGCUGAAAUGUGCAGAAGUGUGUCGGACCUGGAAAGCCAUCGCUCAGACCUGCUCACUGUGGAGUCGGAUCAGUUUCUCUGUGGAGAGGGACUGGAUCACAGACCGCAUCGUGGAACAGAUCCUACAGAAGUACCGGCCAUUUGUAGUUCACCUUAACAUGCGUGGCUGCACCUCUCUACAGUGGCCAAGCUUCAAAUGUAUCAGUGAAUGCAGAAACCUACAGGAGCUGAACCUUUCAGAGUGUUUCAACAUUAAAGAUGAGAUGGUGUGUAUGAUUCUAGAAGGCUGCCCCACUCUGCUCUACCUGAACCUGUCCUUCUCAUAUGUGGCCAAUGGGACUCUCAAAGAGCUCUCCAGGAGCUGUCUGAACCUGCAGUUCCUGAGUUUAGCAUGCUGCCGUAGGUUCACUGAUAAAGGCUUACAGUACCUGGCCUCAGGGAAGGGCUGCCACAAGCUCAUCCACCUUGACCUCUCUGGCUGCACUCAGAUCUCAGUGGAAGGUUUCAGGUACAUAGCAGCGGGCUGCCCUCUGCUCCAGCAGAUAGUCUUCAAUGACAUGCCUACUCUGUCAGACAGCUGUGUGCUGGAGCUGGCCUCUAAGUGUCACUCUCUGUCUGCCAUCUCCCUAUGGGACACGCCCCAUCUCUCAGACUCCGCCUUCAAAGCCAUCGCUGAGGUGUCCAACCUCUCCAAGUUCAGUGUUGAUGGUAACAGUCGUAUGUCAGACAUCAGUUGGAGGGCUCUGUGUCGUAGCUCUCCAGGCCUUACGAGACUCCAUGCUGCUGACUGCCCUAGAAUGACUGACUCCAGCCUAAAGUCUAUGGGCGCCCUCAAAAACCUGGUCUACCUCAACAUCUCACACUGCAGCAGGGUGAGUGACAUGGGGCUGCGGUACCUGACUGAGGGGCCUUCUGCCUCUAAACUGCGGGAGCUGAAUCUGAGCAACUGCAGCCGUAUCAACGACUUAGCUAUCAUGAGGGUGGCUCAAAAGUGCAGUAAGCUGAACCACCUGAGUGUGUCUUACUGUGAUAACCUGUCUAAUUCUGGUCUGGAGUGGCUCAGUAGCUGUUCCUCUCUCCUCUCUCUGGACAUCAGUGGCUGCAACAUCAUGGAUCAGGGGUUGAUUGCUCUAGGUGGGAACCCUGGCCUGAAGAAGCUGGUUGCCUCUGAGUGUGUCUGGAUCACUGACAUUGGCAUAGAGAAGUUCUGCAGGCAGGCGAGAGGUCUGGAGUAUAUUGACGUGUCUCACUGUGUAGCUCUAUCUGACCAGGCCAUCAAGGCUCUGUCCUUCUACUGCAGGACUAUAGUCACGUUACGCAUGCCUGGCUGCCCAAAGAUGACAGACCUGGCGGUACAGUACCUGACAGUAGGGCGUCACUUCCUGAGAGAGCUGGACGUGAGUGGCUGUGUUCUGCUGACUGAUCGCACACCACGCUUCCUACAGACAGGCUGCCCACAGCUCAACACCAUCAACAUGGUCUACUGCAGGGGAAUAUCCAAGCAGGCGGCUCUGAGGCUCCAGCCCUGUGUUGAGAAGUGGGAGCACAGUAACGAUGACGCCCCCUACUGGUUCGGCUAUGACAGUCUUGGCCAGCUGCUGCAGCCAAUCGGACAACCCGACAAGAUCCAGGACACCUGGGAGGAAGAGGAGCCAGCACCAAGAAACAACAAAAAGAGGAAUUUGAUAAAGGCCUGUGGAGAGGACUACGAAUGAAUACAGCAUGAAUACACACACAGUCCAUGAAGAUAAACAAACGCACAACGACUUAGUUUAUACAGUACACACACACCGCCUCACAAUCUACGGUAAAUCAAAUCCCUAACACAUACACUACACCUUACAUUAACUCCAGCUCAGAUAUCAAGCAACGGAAAGGAAUGGCCAAAGAUUAAUAACCAGAAAACAAUAUUUUGUAUCUGAGAAUCAAUGCAGUAUAUACAUGUAUGCAGUAUAUAUAUUUAUGCAGUAUAUACAGUAUAUACAUUUAUGCAAAGCUUCUGCAUCAUACUGUUUCAAAGCUUUCUUCUAUGCAUUGCAACACAGAUGAUUGAAUUUCAUAAUUACAUCAAUUUUAGCUUGGAAAUAAUCAUACAAAAAUAAAUGUCCUCAAUAUGAUUAGAUGUAUUUGUCAUUGUCAACACUUUUCCCAGUUUUUUUUAUUUGCAGUAAAUUGAUCCCCCCAAACCUAUUUUGUACAUUUUGCAGUUUCCACCCUGUGGUAAGAAAGUCUUAAGAGUUCUUCUUGCUUUGACUGUUGCACACACACUAACCACAGCAGUCUCUGAACUUCUCAAAAGUCCAGUGAGACUUCAAGCUCAAUACCUGACUGAAUAUGUGAGACCUGAAUGUUGUUCAGUGUUUCAAUCUAAGAGCUCUGCUGAUGACCACAAAGACAAUGACUGAACUAGCCUGGCUGCCAGCAUGCCACUAUAUUUCUGCUUGAGCCCUCUCGUGACAACAACAAUUGGCUAAAGCAGAAACAUGACUGAGUUACCUCUACUAACCAUGAUCAUGUGCUACAACUGUAUAUAGACAUAU